AUGAGAGCUCAUCCUAACCAUAUCCUCAAGAAAUAUUCUCCCUCCAACCUCCUCAUCGUUCCUCCCCACGCUGACUUCCAUCGCGGCAACAUCUACUUCCUCGUUCCCCUCCCUCCCCCUCCCAACCAACACGCUACAACAGUAGAUCAACAGCUCUCCACCUCCACUCACACAAGCACCAGCUGCCGUCUUACUCUCUGGAGAAGAACAAUAGAAACUGUUCUUUUUAGUUGCGCCUUUCUAUAUGACAUCUUCUGGGAAUUUGUCUCUAAGUGGUGGUUCCAUGAGAGCAUAAUGAUAGUGGUAGCUCGAGGCGAUAGGAGUGGAGAAGAUGGUAACAAAAGUCAUAUAUAUUCGUCUUCUCUAAAUCCCUUGUCUCAUUUCAAUGGUUUCUGGACUUAAUUAUUGUACCGAUAAAUUUACAGGUAUGAUUGGUUGGCAAAGAGGAACCUUCGGUCUGGAUACUUCAUGUGGGCAAUGAGUGCUUACGGUUUAGGUCUCCUUAUUACAUAUGUUGCUUUGAACUUGAUGGAUGGGCAUGGUCAACCAGCAUUGCUUUAUAUCGUCCCGUUUACUCUUGGCACAUUUUUGUUAUUGGGAAAAAAGAGAGGUGAACUCAAUCUUUUAUGGACAAGAGGGGAACCAGAAAUGCCUUGCCCUCAUAACCAAGAGUCUCAACAAUGAAUGAAGUGAUAAUAGAGAUAGUAGUAUAGUGUACCAUAGGUGUUCGUUUAAUAGGAGACUGAUAGAAACUCUAGGAGACUAUGUAAACAUUUGGAACUGUCAUAACAAAAAUUUCAACCAAAUCAUGUUAUUAGCAUGCACUUAUAGUUAUA